AUGUAUCUGCCACGUGAAUUGGUGUCGAAACUAUAUGUCCACCUGCAGAGAACUCGGCAUCCUCUGUCGCCGCCUGUCCUCAUCCUCGCCGCCCUCGAGCCCGAUGCUCUUUGCGCCUGUCGCAUCCUCACCCGCCUACUGAAGCACGACUACAUACCGCACAAGAUCCAUCCGGUAUCUGGCUAUGGAGACCUUGAACGCGCUGGCCAGGAGCUCGUUGCUCCUAUGAUGGAGACACGGGGCGGGAGUGGUGGUGUCGUUGUGUGUCUUGGUGUCGGUGGCAUGGUCGACAUGGGCACCAUGUUGGGUCUCGAGGUCGACGGCCAGGAGUCGAGUUUUAAUGGUGUAGAGGUCUGGGUAUUCGACGCACAUCGGCCUUGGAACUUGAGCAAUGUUUUUGGGGGGUAUCCGCUGGAGCCUGAGGCAGAAGGCGCCUCGAGUUUCCAGGCACGAGCACCAGAAGGUGUGACGUCGGGACGUAUAGGUCGGUCGUACAAGCCUGGCAAGGGUGGCAUCAUUGUUUUCGACGAUGGCGAUAUUUUAGAAGGGCUUGAUACAGAACGUGACGCGUACCUUGCCCUCGUGGAUAUGCCAGACAUUGAUGAGGAGGAUGGCGACCUUUACGGCGACAGCGAUUCCGAGUCUGGAGGUGAGGAAGAAGCGCCUCCAAGGCCCGGGCAGAAGAGGAAGUCUUGGUCAGAUCGAGAUGACGAAAGCAGUGACGAAGAGGACGAUCGACCAAGGCAGAGGCGGCGGAGCAAUUCUUCCACCCCUAUCCCAGACUCACCACGCCCCGCGCAACGUGGACUCAUAUCUAUACGCGAUCCAGAGAUCAUCCUCUCAGACGAUGCACAAGAUCCUCCUUCAGCAGCGCAGCUCCCGAGGGGACCCUCUGCCCGUUCCCUUCGGAGGAAACUGUUGCGGAUGAAGCAAGAGCACGAAAACACUCUACGGAAAUACUACAGGAUGGGUGCUUCAUAUUCGGAACCAGUUUCGGCCAUGAUCUAUUCGUUGGCGUCAGAACUGGGUCGUGAAGACAAUGAUCUUUUAUGGCUGACGAUUGUUGGUGUCACAUCUAUGGAAUUAUAUGGGCGUUCAUCUGGAGGCCUUGCUAUAUCAGUCAGGGGUUCCGACUCCACAUCUGCCACGGGCUGGAUGGGUGUUCGUGGUGCAAGGAUACGACAGCUACUACGCGACGAAGUACGGCGACUGAACCCACCAGAACUCGUGUCUCAGAAUGGUCGAGUCUCUCCAGCAGAAAGUGCGGGAGUUAUUCCGACGACAGCGCGGAGUCCAGAAGAUACCUCCAUUAGACUGUCGCCCGAACCAAGGUUUCUGCUUAUCAGACACUGGUCCCUCUAUGACAGCAUGCUGCAUUCGCCCUACCUUUUCUCGAAACUUCGUAUAUGGAGUGAAAGCGGGCUAAAGCGACUACACAAGCUCCUUGCCAAGAUGGGUGUUAGUCUCGUACAAUGCAAACAAAGCUAUACCCACAUGGACAUGAUGCUCAAAAAGGAGCUUCGCGCCAAGCUCCUCAAGUACGCUUCACUUUACAACUUGGACGACAUGGUUCCUGCAGCCGAGACCGACGGACGCGAUCGUGGUGGGGCCAAAGACGGCUGGGGUUUUGUGCGAAGCUGGGGCUGGCGUGCUACACUUUCGGCGCAAGACGUCGGAGUAGUCAUCGGUGCGCUGCUUGAGGUCGGUCGCAAUGCCCCGUCAUUGCAUGGUGAAAGCCACCAGUCGUUCUCCUCCCAAAUAUUAGACUCUGAAGACGACGACGGUAUCGCGGAAACGGAAGAAUGGGUCUCUCGCUUUUGGGAAGCAUAUGACGCACUGGAAAACAUUGACGCGCUCAAGGCCGGCCUACCAACUGCUCAGUACCUGCACCGUGCCAUAUUCCGCACCGGCACCAGUCUGAUGGGCAAGAAGCAAAUCAAGCACCUCAACGCUUUCCGCAUGUGUGUCAUCAAAGAUGGUCCUGACGUGCCGCUUUUCACGCACCCAGCUGCCCUGACCAAACUUGCGCUCUGGAUCGGCGAGGCCCUUGCGGAACAGGAGAGAGACGAUAAAGGCAAGCUAGGUCAUGGAGGGCGAGGCACACCAUUGGUCGUCGCCAGUCUAAAUGAGAAGAGGGGCGUCUAUGUCGUCGUGGGCACCGGAGGAGGUGGAGGCCCAGAUCUGGCGUUCCUGGACCGCGAGGAGGCUAAAGAGAAAGACAAAAAGCGAGAAGAGAAGAAGAAGGCACGUGAGGCUCGGCGGAAAAUUCGGGAGGAGAAGAAAGCCGCAAAACGAGCCCAGCGCGGCGAAGAGGACGAGGAAGAUGAGGACGAUGAGACGGAGUCUGAAGCCAGCGACUCGGACUCGGAUUCAGAGGACGACGACGAGGAAGCAGAAGAACGGAAGAAGAAGGGCUACGGCCUCAACAAGUUCGGCAGCGCAUUUCAGGAUGUGGUUUCCGAGACGAACGCCCGAGUCCGCAUUGACAGCUUUGAGCAUUGCGUCGUUGAAGUACGGAAGGACGACCUCCAAGGCUUCUUGGAGAGUUUGAGUGCGAAGGCUGUUGUCGGCUGA